AUGUUUGCAGCACAGCGCCAGUCACUCCUUCCAUACAUCAAGUGGAAGCCCGAGCAUCGUGGUGGCCUCUACUUCAUCGAAACAGCUCACGAACUGGCGGGAGGGCUUCGACAUGGGGUUCUCGCAGCCGCCGAGGUUCAUGACUGGGUUCUAGCAAAUUCUUGUCUACCGGGGUCUCCUCCGCCGAAGUCGAAAUCGGUGGGCGGCGGCUUUCGGCUCCUCCUUUGCGAGAGAUCCAGGUUGCAGGACGAAGGUGUGGAGUCGCGAGAGCUUCACAUGAGCAGAGACUCGUUCACCCUGCUUGAAGACUCUUUCCUCCUUCCCGGCGCGACGGUGCCGGGGCUGUUUGACAUGGUUGGUGUUCAUUCUCGGUUCACAGAGUGCGACCCUGCCACCGGCAAGGUCAAUUAUCUCAAAGUCCUCAUCCAGGGACGCCGUAAAUUAGGCGUGGCGGACUGCGUGUUGUCUCUCUGCUACUGUUGUGACACGGGGUGGACGUAUGGCCUCCUCUGUGGCGAGGGAGUCGUUAACGCAGCGGAAAUCGUGAACACUGCACCGCUCAUGGCUGCUUUACUGGGGUUGCUGACCCCGUGCCUUCAUCUCAAAGCCGAUCCCCUCCUUAUUCCUAUCAUGCUCCUCAAAAUUUACACCGAGAGGAUCAACCUCUUCUUGCGGAAGCAGAUCACUCGAGUGGACGAGCUUGAGGACGAGAUUGGCGUGACCCAACCGAGCCGAGUCACCAAGACGCGAUCUCUUGAGAACUGGCCCAGCGAUAUCGACAUCAAACGGGUGACCUCUGGACUACAUUCGACAGCCACAGAACUAUACUAUUUGAACCGAACCUGUCUCUGGGCUGAGGAGUGCCUGAACUUCCUUCAUACACUGGCGGUGGAGUGUUCCGACUACAUCCACAAACAUCCUCCCAGGUGCCCUGAAAUGCAACAGGGAAUUGAACAUGAGACUACGAGGAUGAAAUGGAUCACCGGCAGCCUCGACACGACCAAAGAAAGGGUAGAGACACAGCUGAGCGUUUUGUACUCUGCAACAAGCCAGAGAGAGAACGCGAUCGCCCUUGACUACACUCGGAUGGCGCAAGAACAGAACGAAAUUUCCCUCCGGGACGUGCAGAUGAAUACGCGCAUUGCCACGUCGACGAAGCAGGACAGUAUCGCCAUGACAACCUUCACCUUCAUCGCAGCCCUGUUCCUGCCCGGGACGUACGUCGCCUCGUUGUUCAGCAUGAGCAUGUUCAACUGGCUGCCCUCGGAGGGUGGCGGUGGCGGUCCGCCAAGAGUUUCAGCCAACUUCUACAUUUACUGGUGCAUCACAGUUCCGUUGACACUGUUGGUGAUGGCCGGAUGGUACCUGUGGUAUAGAAGGGCGGAUCGAGCGUGGCAGAAGGAAACAGGAUACAGCCUGAAUGACAACACUGGUGCUAACAGACGCAUAGAAGUGGAAGUCAAGUCCGAAGGAUAA